AGAGGCAGGGUUGAGACCCAGAGAGGCCAAGAGAACACUCAGGAUCACACAGCCAGCCCCAGGGCUCAGGAAUCCUCCACUUUUCCGGACCAAAUUCAGUUUCCUCUGCCUCUUUUCAUAUCGGUGGUGGCUUUUUCCCUGACUUGUCUGGGGGCGGGGGCAAGGAGAAAGGCCAGAGAAUGUCGUCCCAGGCGGUGGGGAACCAGACCUCCUCUCAAGCCACGGAUGACUACUCCUAUGGCAACUGGUACAUCGACGAGCCCCAGGGUGGCCAGGAGCUCCAGCCAGAGGGGGAAGUCCCCUCCUGCCACCCCAGCGUGCUGUCCGGCCUCCUCCACGCCUGCCUGGCUGUGCUGUCGAUCCUUGUGCUGCUGAUGCUGGCUGUGCUUGUGAGGCGCCGCCAGCUCUGGCCCCGCUGCGGGCACGGCAGGCCUGGACUGCCCAGCCCUGUGGAUUUCUUGGCUGGGGACAGGACCUGGAUGGUGCCUGCCGCUGUCUUCACGGUCCUCUUCAGCUCCUUGUGUUUGCUGUUCCCCGCCGAGGACCCGCUGCCCUUCCUGACUUUGGCCUCACCCACUAGCCGAGAUGGAGAAAGUGAGGCUCCCAGAGGGCCCUGGAAGAUCCUCGCCCUGCUCUAUUACCCUGCCCUCUACUACCCUCUGGCCGCCUGUGCCACGGUCAGGCACGGAGCCGCACACCUGCUGGGCAGCACACUGUCCUGGGCUCACUUCGGGGUCCAGGUGUGGCAGAGGGUAGAGUGCCCCCAGGCACCCAAGAUCUACAAGUACUACUCCCUGCUGGCUUCCCUGCCUCUGCUUCUGGGCCUCGGAUUCCUGAGCAUUUGGUACCCGGUGCAGCUGGUGAGAAGCUUCAGCCACAGGACAGGAGUGGGCUCUGAGGGGCUGCAGAGCAGUUACUCUGAGGAAUAUCUGAGGACCCUCCUUUGCCGAAAGAAGCUGGAAAGAAGCUCCCACACCUCCAAGCACGGCUUCCUGUCCCGGGUCUGGAUCUGCUACGGAAACUACAUCUACACUCCACAGCGAGGAUUCCGACUCCCUCUGAAGCUGGUGCUUUCGGCCACCUUGACGGGGACAGCCAUCUACCAGGUGGCCCUGCUGCUGCUGGUGGGCGUGGUACCCACCAUCCAGAAGGUGAGGGCGGGGAUCACCACGGACGCCUCCUACCUACUGGCCGGCUUUGGGAUCGUGCUCUCAGAGGACAGGCAGGAAGUGGUGGGGCUGGUGAAGCAUCAGCUGUGGGCUCUGGAAGUUUGCUACAUCUCGGCCUUGGUCCUGUCGUGCUCACUCACCUUCCUCAUGCUGAUCCGCUCACUGGUGACACACAGGGUCAACCUGCAAGCUCUGUACCGAGGGGCUGCCCUGGACCUGGGCCCCCUGCCCCGGAGUCCCCACCCCUCCCGCCAGGCCAUAUUCUGUUGGAUGAGCUUCAGUGCCUACCAGACUGCUUUUACCUGCCUUGGGCUCCUGGUGCAACAGAUCAUCUUCUUCUUGGGGAUCAUGGUCCUUGCCUUCCUGGUGUUCAUGCCCGUGCUCCACGGCAGGAACCUCCUGCUCCUCCGAUCCUUGGAGUCCUCAUGGCCCUUCUGGCUGACCUUGGUCCUGGCCGUGGUCCUGCAGAACAUGGCAGCCCACUGGAUCUUCCUAGAGACUCGCCAUGGACACCCAGAGCUAACCAACCGGCGAGCGCUCUCCGCAGUCACGUUCUUUCUCUUCCCCAUCAACGUGCUGGUGGGCGCCGUGGUGGCUGCCUGGCGAGUGCUCCUCUCUGCCCUCUACAAUGCUGUCCACCUUGGCCAGAUGGACUUCAGCCUGCUGCCACCUCGAGCCGCCAAUCUCGACCCCGGCUACCACACAUACUGCAGCUUCUUGAAGAUCGAGGCCAGCCAGUUGCAUCCAGCCACGACAGCGUUCUGUGACCUGCUUCUGCGAACACAGCGGCCCCAGCCUCUCCGGGGCCCCCAGGAUGGCCUCAGACACGGGGAGGAAGAAGAAGGGAUACAGCUGCUGCAGACCAAGGACCCCGUGGCCAGAGGAGCAGGGCCCAGGGCCCGCCAAGGCAGGGCCCGCUGGGGUCUGGCCUACACGCUGCUGCACAACCCGGCCCUGCAGGCCUUCCGGAAGACGGCCCUGUCGGGGGCCUAGGUCAACAGAGCCCAGCCCCGAGGGUGCGGGAAGCCACCGUGUCCUUGUUUGUGCUGGGGUCCUCCCCUCCUCCCAGCCCACUCCCUCCCCAGCGUCCCCAGCGUCGCCCCCCAGCCAGGGCAGCCUCUCUGCCAGCAAGUUCCCCGGAUCAGCGACCAGCACCAGAAGCCAGGGGUCGCUGUGGUUGGAUGGAGGUCUGCCCACACCAGGAGCUUCCAGAGGGCUCUGGUCUGCACCCUUCGUCUUGGGAAGCCAGCAAGGGCUCCAGAGGAAGUAAUUGGUGGUAUAGGCUCUUGGUCUGGGAGCCAGUGGAACCAGGGAGGCCACAUCCAGGCCCCUCCCCAUGCUGGCAAUGCCACCAGUCUCAGCCUCACUGCGGUCUUCUCCUGCCUGGCCUUGGUGAGGUUCAGCCCAGAACAGCUUCACGUUCCAGCUCAGCCCCACCUCAGCCUUGGAUCUCACCACCACGGAACCAGACACAGGGCUUCCUCUCUCCUCCAGCUUCCCCCUCUCCUCUUGGGGGGGCCUCGUGCCUUCCUGCGAGGCAGCCCAGGAGGAAGCCAUGGGCUCCUACUGGGCAGCAAAGUCGUGGCUCAAAGCAGGCCCCACACCGAGCUGGCCACACUUGAGAGCCUGAUAUUUUUGCAAUUGGUAUGCCUUUAGAUAUUAUGAAAGGGGUUAGUGUGCUCCUUGUAAUAAACUUGUCCCUGAGAAA